AUGGCGGACAGGAGCGCGCAAGUCAUCGCCGUGGCCAUUCUGUUCCUGGUUUUGACGUGGCUUGCGGUCGGCCUGCGGAUUUACUGCCGGACGUCCCUGGUUCGGUGCAUUGGUAAUGAUGAUAAGGUGAUGGGAAUACUCUUGGUACUGUUCACGGUCUAUCUAGGUUUACAGGUUUACGGCGGCACGCGUGGGAUAGGUCUUCUCGAUGUGGACUUGACCCCCCAGAAGAAACUAGAAUCACUCAAAUUGUGGUGGAUACUGGAACUCCUCAACGUCUGCUCAACCUGCUUGCUCAAAAUUUCCGUCGGCUACUUCCUCCUGCGAGUCGCAAUAGAACGGGCGCACAUCUUGACGAUAUGGCUCCUAAUCGCCGGAACAGUAGUCUUCGGGACGACGUACCUCCUCAUGGUCGCAUUCCAGUGUCGCCCCGUCCCCACGUACUGGGAGCAAGGGCCGCGCACGCCCGAAAAGUGCUGGCCGCAGCAGGUCAUCCUCAUCAUGACCAUCGCCGCAACGGUGAUCAACACGAGCGCGGACUUCAUCUUCGGCACGCUCCCGUGGUUCAUCGUCCGAUCCAUGAACCUGCCGCUGAGGACCAAGAUUUUGGUCGUCGAUGAGACCACCAACUUCGCAAUCUGGAGCACCGUCGAGCCCGGCGUCGGCAUCAUCGCCGCCUCCAUCGCCACCCUCCGGCCCCUCUACAAACUCGUAGCGACCAAAGUCCGCCGCACCAACUCCAGCGGCUUCCGGAACGACCAAUGGCGCCAGCGCCAACAACCCCGGCGCAACGAGACCAGCCGCCAGGUCCGCGCGGCGCAUAACCUCGACCUCGAGAAUCCACCACGAACUGAUACGGACCUCACAUCCCCCCACGGCAUCUUCGAGGUCCACCCGCCGCCGCUGCCACCGAUAAGCAAGAACACCAACUCAACACUGAAAUCAAGAACGACGACAGACGGAGGGGACCCUAAAAGCCACAGCACGCGCCAUACGUUGACCCUGAUGGAGUUCCCCUCGGCUUUGCGGUUGAGCGAUGACUUCCGCCGGACGAUGCAGCGGCCUCCCGAGGAGUGGCUUGCAAUUCUAAGGAUUCGGGAAAAGGCCGAGGAGGGUGCACACCAAAAGGCCGAGGCAGAAGAGGGCGACGAGCAGGAAGACAGCGACGACGAGGAAACCGAGUCUCCACCGACUGUCUUGUCACCACCUCCGCCGCUGCGGAAGUCAAGCUAG